AUGAAAGGCCCGAUCUGUAUAUGUGAUAUAUUGCUGUUGCCUCAAUAUACAUAUAAUCAUUACGAACGUUAUUCUCAGAAUGACGAACAGUACAGCGCUCUAACACUUAUUUGUACAGGUCCAGCCACAUGGAUUGAGAAGUUUCCAGAAGCACGCGGCGCCCGUCAAAGUCCAGUGGACAUAGACACAUCGCGCGCUGGCAGUGGUGGUAGCGCUCCACCCUUAGUAUGGCGCUACUCAGUCAACCACCCAAGAUCUGUAGUCAAUCCCGGAUACUGCUGGCGAGUUGAUGAAAACGGAUAUCACUCAGAACUCCGAGGAGGUCCUCUUGGAUCAGAUGUAUACAAAUUGCAGCAGUGGCAUUGUCACUGGGGCGCCGUCAAUGGUGAAGGUUCAGAGCAUACUGUUGAUGGACGCUCUUUCUCCGGGGAAUUGCAUCUCGUUCACUGGAACAUGACCAAGUACAAUAGUUUCACAGAGGCUGCCGGCCAGCCAGACGGACUUGCAGUACUUGGAGUCUUCUUAACGGUUGGUUCGAAGCAUGAGGAACUGGAUAAGGUAGUAAAACUGCUACCGUACAUAAUGCACAAGGGAGACAAGGUGACAUUCUCAGAGCCCUUGGACCCCUCUCAUCUGCUACCGCGCCGCACCACCUACUGGACCUACCCUGGCUCUCUCACCACACCCCCAUGUACUGAAUCUGUCACAUGGAUACUCUUCAAAGACCCCGUAGAAGUCUCCGCUGAACAGUUGGCAUUGAUGAGGAAACUUAGGUGUGGUGAAGCAUCGUGUGGUGAAGAAGCUAUGGAGUUGCUUCACAACUACAGACCAACUCUGCCACUCGGCAACAGAGAGUUGCGUGACUACGGUAUCCACUAA